AAAUACUUCUGUGUCUGCAGGCAGCUGCACACCCCCACCAACCUCCUCCUGCUCUCUCUGGCCGUCUCAGACUUCCUUGUUGGGUUCUAUGUGAUGCCGAUUCGCAUUCUUCUCACAGAGGAUUGCUGGGUUUUGGGAACUUUCAUGUGUGGACUAUACACCUACAUAUCAUUUGUUCUAACAUCUGUGUCAGUGGAAACCAUGGUGCUCAUAUCAGCUGAUCGAUACGUGGCCAUCAGUGACCAGUUACGUUACCCCACCAAAGUCAAUCUGAGGAGAGUCCAAGUGUGUGUUUGUCUGUGUUGGGCCGCUUCUUUUUUCUAUAAUGGAGUAAUUGUCCGGGACUCUCUCAGAGAUCCAGACAAAUAUAACCUCUGCAUUGGAGAGUGUGUGCUGCUAGUAGACAGCUUAACAGGAGCCGUAGACGUGGUCAUCACAUUCUUCUGUCCCAUCACAGUCAUUGUGAUUCUGUACAUGAGAGUGUUUAUGGUGGCUGUGUCUCAGGCUCGAGCCAUGAGGUCUCACAUCGUUUCUCUGCAGAGUUCAGCUCACCCAAGAGUGAAAAAGUCUGAACUGAAAGCAGCAACUGCUCUGGGUGUGGUUGUGUUCAUGUUUCUGGUGUGUUUUUGUCCAUAUUUCUACCCCAAUAUAGCAGGUCUGACAUACAAAUCCAGUGAUUUUUCAGCAGUUUUUGGAAUGUGGCUUUUUUACAGCAACUCAUGUAUAAAUCCACUGAUCUAUGCUUUUUUCUAUCCCUGGUUCAGGAAGUCUCUGAAGAGUAUUGUUACACUGCAGAUACUGCAGCCUGACUCCUGUGAUGCCAACAUUCUGUAGACAAGUUGUGAUAAAGAGCACUUUUGAAGAAAUGGAGACUAUUUUAUGAUCUUUAUCUACUUUACAUUUACAGUGUUUUAUGAGUUCUUGAAAACAAAUCGAACUAAAAUCUAAAAGGAACAUGACAACACAUGAGGACCUCAUUUUGUUUCCCUUUCUUCUGGUCUUUUUGCAUUCAGGCAGAUAAAAAUGCAACAAAACGAGGUUUCUAAUUGUAUGAUCUUAUGUUCUCAGCACAUCCUGUCAAUUUUUAGACCAGAGUCUCUUUUACCAGCAUGAUUUCCAUUGCAACAGUACUGAUGAUAGUAAGAUAACUAUAAUAAAGAUUAAAUAUAUUACUGCAAAGGAAUGCAUUCUCUCUUAUAAUUCCCUCCUCUUUUCAUCUAUUAACAGUACGAGUAAUAUUUCUAAUGCUGGCAAUAGGGCUGGGCGAUAUGGAAUGUUUUUAUAUCACAAUAUAGUUUUUCUCAUAGUGGGCAAUAUUGAGAUAUACCACAAUACAAACCGAGUAACUGUGUUUGUCAAAUUUGAACUUUUCGCAGCUCAAAAAAAUAAAUGUGUAAUCAUCAGCGGGCUGUUCAGAUUUAAAUCUUCUUUUUUAUUCCUACUUUCAACGUAACAUAUGCACUGAAAA